AUGGCUGCUAACAACUCAUUGACUGGUGAUGAUUUGUUGCUCCUAACGGUGCAGUUCGUUGUUGUGCAGUCACUGGUGAUGAUUUUUCUUUUCAUCAACUUGUUGCUCAUCAUAACCUUUUUUAAAAAGGAGUAUUUCUACACAACUGCUCGCUACAUCCUAUUUGCUGUUACUUUACUGUCAGAUAGUUUGUUGUUAUUCAUGGCGGAUAUCCUUCUCAUCUUCAACCAUUUUCGUAUUACCAUUCAAGUUUGGUUAUGCAUCAUUAUCUCUGUUUUGAUACUUGUGUAUGUAACAGUCACACCAGUUACUCUGGCAGCAAUGACCCUGGAGCGCUACGUGGCCAUUUGCAUGCCCCUGCGCCAUGGAGAGCUGAGCUCUACACGUAAUACAAUGAACUGUAUCCUCAUCAUUCAUGGCAUCAGCUCUGUGCCCUGCAUUCUUAUUCUCUCCACCUUCUUUGCAUCAGCAUCUCUAAGCUUCUACACAAAAUAUCAGAUAUGUGUAGCUGAGUUAUUAAUGUUUUACAUAUGGCAGCAUAAUCUUAGGUCAGCUGUAUAUCAAUUCCAGUUUUUGAUUAUGAGCAUCAUCAUUGUUUUCUCUUAUAUUAAAAUAAUGAAAGUGGCCAGAGCUGCAUCAGGAGAUGAUAAAAAGUCAUCAAAGAAAGGGCUGAGAACAGUGGUUCUUCAUGGUUUUCAGCUGCUGCUCUGUCUCAUCCAGCUGUGGUGCCCGUUCAUUGAAAGUGCUUUUUUUCAUAUUAACUUAAGUUUAUAUGAAAUUAUGAGGUACUUAGAUUUCUUACUGUUUUAUCUUGCACCGAGAUGUCUGAGUCCUCUCAUUUAUGGCCUCAGAGAUGAAGUUUUUUUUCAAGCACUGAAAUACAUUGCCUCCUUUGGCUUGUAUAAACAAAAUCUUAUUGACAAAAUGAAUUAA